AUGGCUAAUAUAUUAAACGAUAAUAAGCUUUUUCUAGAGGUACCUCAAACUGUAAAUGAUGAAAUAAUUGAAGAUUCUACAUAUUUAAAAUGGAUACAAAAAGGAGAUUAUAAACAACUGAUAGAUGCAACGUAUAAUCUCCUUCAAUCUAAUGAUUUAUCCUUUCCAGAUGGACUCAAAAUCUGGGAAAUACGAUUAAUGCUUCAUUUGUUUAAUAAUAAGCUUGGAAUAGCUAAAAAAGAGGCAAUUAAUUUAAAUAAUGCAUUAUAUUUGAAGGAGACUCCAAACUUUGUGAAUUCUCUGGAUGGUAUUGCCAAGAAGAACCCACUGGUUCCGUUGCAGCCUAUCUAUCCAUUACCCAAGAAUAAUGACGGCAUCAUCAAUUCCACAUUAUUAAUUCUUUUAUUGCGACUUAAAUCCAUUCCUAACUUAAACUUGGUAAAUGAAAUAUAUAAAUUGUGUUAUCAAAUUCGACUUAAAUCUACUGAUAUCGAUGACAAAUUGAAAUUACAAUUGGUUAAUUUAAGUUAUGAAAUCAUAGUUAUUUUAACCGUGACUAAAAACUAUCUGGCCUUAUCAAAUUAUAUUCAAUCCAUUCGGUAUGAACUUGAAUUGGAAACCAAUGAUCGUAAUGCAGAACCAUACAAGACUUAUUAUUCUAAUUUGAGUUUAAUUUGGCUAUUAAACAUAUUCAGUCAACAUUCCAAACAUGGUAAUUUAAAUAAUAUAUCUUCACAAUAUCAAAAUCAUUUCAAUUCUAUUGAAAAGACGAGUAUAAAUUCUUUAGAAUUCGUUUUGAAUACUUUCAAGGGAAGUAUAUCAGUAGAGUCAGAACUCCCAUCAUUUGAAAGUCCAUUGACUUUGAAUGGUUUAGUGGAGUUGGUCAUACUGGGGAAAAUUACUGGUAGAGUUAUAUGUUGUACUUUAGGGAUUUGGAAUUUGAUGAAUCGUGAAGAAGUUGGACUUGAAGGUAUUGAUGAUGUUAUUGGGCAGAAUGAAAAAGAGACGGGGAAAUCAGAUGAGAAGAAUGAAAAACAAGACGAAGACCAACAAGACGAUAUAGAAUGUGAUACUAUCCAAUCCGCUUAUUCAAUUACAGUAAAGAAAUGGGGUCAAAAUAUAAAUAGAGUUUAUUGUUUAGAAUAG